ACUAAGAACUUGGACUUCCGCCGAAAGUGGGACAAAGACGAAUACGAGAAACUUGCGGAGAAGCGGCUCACAGAAGAGAGAGAGAAGAAAGAUGGCAAACCAGCUCAGCCCGUCAAAAGGGAACUCCUGCGGCACCGAGACUACAAGGUGGACCUGGAAUCGAAGCUGGGGAAGACCAUCGUCAUCACCAAAACUACCCCUCAGUCGGAGAUGGGAGG